AAUCUCGCAAUCGCUCAUUCUAACCUAGGAUCUAUCAAGGCAAAGAAAGAUGGCUAACGUUUGUUUCAUAUUGGGACUUUGCUCGUCCAUUUUAAGUUUAGCCUGUAUAAUUGUAGCUUUAGCUAGUUCUCAGUGGCUUAGGAUUCGAAGCCCUGAUUUUAUGGACGAUGUUGGUCUUAUGAGACAUUGCGAUGCUGACAGUUCUUACUGCGGAGAAAUGGAACAUCUAAAUGCCCUUGUUGACGGUCAUUUCGCAGCAUGGUUCCGCUCCAUACAAGCCAUGUACCUCCUCCACUGUUUGGGGAUGCUGGUUUCCACUGUUGUUUACAUUCUCUAUGCUAUCAGAUUCCUGGAAACUAAAGGGAGCUUUAGGGUUCUUACCUUAUUUAACUUUGUCUCAUUGGCAGCUGGGAUAUACUCUGUGGCCAUGUUCGGAAUGAACCAUAGAUCUUACUUCGGCAUCGCAGACUCUUCAGUGACAGAGGAUAUGGCCAUCUUGGGUUAUGGCUUCAACAUAGCCAUCACUGGAUGCUGCCUUGCUUUCCUCACCAUGCUCUUCAGCGCCAUGGAGGCUAGCCGAGCAGUUGAUCUACUUCAGAACAUGCAGAACCGCUUCACUGUAUGGACAACCCCCUAUACUCUUUUUGUUGACCAGGAGGCUUAAUUAUCAGACUACGGCGGUUAAAAGGUGUGCACAAUUUUCUGAAGAUUUAUUUACAUUAAUGUUCUUAAAAUACCAACCAGCCUUUACAUGUUAAUUUAUUCUAAGAAUAAGAAAAAUCGUAAUCCAAAGCAAGAAAUAUCCACAGAAAAGCUGCUUUUCAAAUAUAAAUCGAUAAUAUACAUUUGUAAUCAUUUCUUUUACAAUAAAAAAAAACAAGUUUAAAGUUAAAUGCUAAUUUCUUUAAAUAAUAUAAAAUUAAAUAGUAGUCUAUCUGAAUUUUUAGGGUGUAGUGAUCAUAACGUCCUUUUAUAUAAACAACUUUUUCUUUGAACAUUGUGUUGAACUAUUGACCAUAAAACAUGUUAAAACAACACAUAAAAGGCAAAAAGAAUGCCACAUUAAAUGUUUACUUUGCAUGUCAUGUAACUGCUAUACAAGUUUAGUAUAAUAAGCAACUUAAAAUAACUGCUAGCUCAUUUUUGUUUCAUAUGAUGAGAAUCUUGAUAUUUAAAAUUCUAACAUUACUCAUUUUAGUAUGGUUUUCAUAAGAAUGUAUUCAACUAUAGUUACUUUCAGUAAGGUUGCUUUAAUAUUGAUGAAAAAAAAUUCAUGUGUAUAAUUAUUUCUCUUAAUUGUUAAGAGGGUGUAAUUUUGUUAAAAUAACCUGGUUUGGUUAUCAUCCAAUUUAAGCUUAAAUAUCAGCAAUUAUUUGUGCUUUACAAUAAGACCAAACUUACAUAAUCAGAGGAAAACAAUUAUUUUCUUGUAAUAUCAGUUGGCUAUUUUUUUUAAAAUAAUUAUUUAACUGUCAAAGAAUAGAUAAAAAUUGCCAAAAAAAACUUCUUCAUUAUCCACAUUGCCAGAAACUUAAUAAAAAAUGGUUUUACAAAAAAUGGAUUUACAUUAUGAACUUUAGUGAGAUAUCACUUUAGUGAGAUAAUUCAAAUAAAAAAUUACUUUGUGUAAAAAAAAAAUUAUGACCAAAUUAUUGUAGAUUUAUAUGAUAAAAAAAUCUUUAUAUCUUUACUGCUGUCUCAGAAUAUUUUUGUUCAAGACACAACUGAGCUUUUCUCAAAGUUUAAGACAUAAUACAUAGCUUACUUGUUCAUUUGCUCAUCUUGCAUUUAUUUACAUACAUUUUUAUCAUGGAUUGAUUUCUUUCAUUGCAUCCUUAUUUUUGUUAUUUUGCACUAUUUCAAAUUGAUUAUUCAUCAAGUAAGUCAAUUAUAAAUGAGUCAUUAGUUUUAAUGUUCAUGGAAAUAUUUAUAAUAUAUAAACUCAUUGUAUACUCAUGCACUAGAUCCACUCUUUACAUUCUUAAUUUAAGAAAAUAUUUACAUACUUUUGUGAAUACUUUAAAAAAAAAUUGAGCACUAAGUAGCGAUUAAAAAAUCUUUGUUAAUAAAGAUCUCUACUAUCUAAAAUGGUGAAGUUUAAGUUUGCACUAAUUGUCCUGUUUAAUGAGGCAGCUAUUUACAGAUAGUUAACGAAGCUGUAAUAUAACAUUGUUGAACUGUUUGAUGCUGUCUACAGAUUGUGAACAAUGAAAGAAGAAAAAAAAAUGGUUGUGUCAUACAGAUACAAAAAAAUACAAUUUUAAUAUGGCCAGUUUUUUUUUGUAAAAUAUAUUUUUUUCCUAAAUUUGCACAUAUCAAAUUAAUGAAUACACAUGAGUGCAACAUUAAUCUGAGAUAAAUUGAACCAGAGCUCAGUUUUUACAGUUUCUUGUUAACAAAGUGUGGUCCAUUUUGCCCUGUCUGUUGUAGCCCUUAAAAAUGUUUGGAAACAAACAGCUGUGCACAAAUGGCAUGUAUGUUUCACUUGUUCUCUGGUAAUAAGAAAAGAACUGCUGCAUUACCAUACUUUAUUAGGUGUAUUUUGUGCUCAAAUCAUUUAUUCUUUCAUGGGAAAUUCAGUCCAACUUUUUACUUUUUUUUUUAACAAAUAUACUAUACAAAGUAUUCUUUUUUUUUCUGAACUUGUAAACAAGAGCUACAUGGCUUUAUGUAUGAAAAAUUUUGUUUGCAUUAAUCUGCAUUUUAUGCUUUAAAAAAUAGCUGUUAAAUUAUACAGUUGUAAUAUUUUUUUAAUAAUUUAGACUGAGCAUUUGGUAUUGAUUUUAUUUAUUAAUAAACUGUGAGAAUCAUUGUUUC